UUAACUACUUUUCCUUUAUUUUCAGGAGAAAAAGGGCUUUUUACAUACCUAGUGAAAGGCGCCAUGGUGGGAGGCAUUGAGUGUCGCAACUGACUCUUCAAACGCUACUCAUAAGAAGACCCGAGGCUAAACAACUGUGGCAGGUGUAAACCUUCUCCUUUGCUCAUGAUGGCUGAAAGCUCGGUGGAAGGAGCAGCAGGAACAGAUGUUCUUUCAACCCCAAGCCCACAAGUGCCAAAUGGAUCUGAAAUUGAGAUUUUGGCUUCACCUCAAAAGAUGACGCCUUCUCUAGAUCCACUUUCUGGAGACAGAGCCUUCUAUCUCAAUGUAUGCAUACCCCUUUAUCAAGCUGCAUUGAAAGGCGACUGGGAAACUGCAAGAGGUAUUUUUGAAAUACACCCAACAGCCGUUCGUGUAAGCAUCACAAGAAACUUGGAUACUGUUCUCCACAUUGCAGCUGCAGCAAAACGCACUCACUUUGUUGAGGAGGUGGUGGGAUUGAUGGAUCCAAACGACUUGGAACUUCAGAAUGAAAAUUCAAACACUGCGUUUUGUUUUGCUGCUGCAGCUGGAACCGUGAGAAUUGCAGAGGUCAUGGUGAAAAAGAAUGAUCACCUUCCCAUGAUCCGGGGUAAUCAGCAAAUGAUGCCACUCCAUAUGGCCGCUCUAUUAGGACAUAGUGAGAUGGUGUGGUAUCUCUACAAUAAGACUAAUCAUCAAGAUUUAACGGAUGAAGAUUGGAUUGGGAUACUUAAUACCUGCAUCAGUACUGAUCUAUAUGAGGUAGCCUUGGCUAUAUUGGAAUCCCACCCUAAGCUAGCUACCAUUAGAGAUGGGAAUUAUGAGACAGCUUUGCAUCUUCUGGCUAGAAAGCCUUCUGCAUUCUCUGGUGAAAGUCGGAUUGGAAUAUGGACAACUUUCAUUAAUUCAAUUUCAGGUAAGAAAGCGGGACACAAUAUUUCGAAGAAAGAGCAAGCCCUUAAACUCGUCAAAUGCCUUUGGAAGCAGGUUAUACAACUACCUGACUCAAAGAUUGCAGAUCUGAUCAGAGAUCCUUAUCGACUUGUAUUUGUAGCAGCAGAGUUAGGGAACACCAUCUUUCUCACUGAGAUUCUUCACUCCUACCCUGAUCUAAUAUGGAGAGUAGAUAGCCAAACUAGGAGUAUAUUCCAUAUUGCAGCUUUGCAUCGUCAAGACAGAAUCUUCAAUCUUAUAUAUGAGAUAGGCUCAAUUAAGGAUAUGAUAAUGACAUAUAGGGAUGAUAAUGGUAACAACAUGCUACAUUUGGUUGGAAAAUUAGCACAUCCAAGUGAGCUCAAUAUUAUAUCAGGAGCAGCCCUUCAAAUGCAAAGAGAGCUAUUGUGGUUUAAGGAGGUGGAAAAGCUCAUGCAACCUACAUACAGAGAAAAGAAAAACAGGCAAGGUAAGACACCCUGGGUUUUGUUCACUGAGGAGCACAGAGACUUGAUGAAGGAUGGAGAGAAAUGGAUGCGGGAAACAGCCGCUCAAUCUAUGCUUGUCGCCACUCUUAUAGCCACUGUAGUUUUUUCAGCAGCCUUCACUGUACCAGCUGGUCACAGUCAGCAAACAGACACUCCUAUUUUGUUAAUGGUUUUUGCAGUGUCAGAUGGACUAGCAUUAUUCACCUCCUCAACUUCAAUCCUAAUGUUCUUAUCCAUCCUCACGUCGCGCUAUGCGGAACAGGAUUUCCUCCAUUCAUUACCCUCUAGAUUGAUGUUUGGCCUCACAACACUCUUUGUUUCUAUUAUAACCAUGAUGGUAACUUUUACCAUAACCUUUUUCAUAGUUUAUCGUCAUGGUUUCGCAUGGGUACCUAUUCUCAUUGCUCUAUUUGCCACGGGCCCAGUCUCUCUAUUUGCUUCACUGCAAUAUCCCCUCUUGGCAGAUGUAAUCAAUUCUACAUAUGGUUCUAGGUUUCUCUUUGAGCCAAGAAAGCACAUGUUUGACCAGUGAAAUCCUGGCCUCAUCAUUGCAGUUUUGUCCCGUAAAAUUUGUGGUUCAAGUAGAUGUAAUUUAAUUGUAUUUCUACUUUAUGCAUUUCGAAUUGCUUAGAAAAAUGUAUGUAGUUUGAGAGACUUCACUUUGGGGACCUUCUCUAAGUUCAGUGGACGUUCAAAUAUCAAUAGUAUUUGCAAGUUACUUUA